CUCCGAUAAGCCUGUACUUCUAAUAAAUCUUCGGUAGGAAGCUUCUUCGCAGUCGUCCUUCUUUCCCUUCCAAGAUCUAGCAGCAAAUCUCACCUAGACUUUGGGCUACUUACUUCACAGCAACGAUCAUAUUGUAUACUACUCACGCGACCAUCUCCAUAUACACUCCAUACCAAUAACAACAUGGCUACACUUUCACACGCACAAUACGGCAAAGACAAUGUCCGCCUCUUCAAGACCGACCGCCAUCUCGAUGGCACACAAUCCGUCACCGAGAUGACCGUCUGCACCAUGCUCCAAGGCGACAUCGCCCGCUCCUGGACGCACUCCGAUAACGCCAACAUCGUAGCGACAGAUACUCAAAAGCAUACCGUCUACGUGCUCGCCAAACAACACCCAGUCAACCCUCCCGAACUCUUCGCAUCCAUUGUGGCCUCCCACUUCCUCAAACAAUACCCACACAUCACCACUUCCCACGUAUGGAUUACCGUACAUAAAUGGACUCGCAUGACCGUAGCUGGCAAGUCGCACCCCCACUCCUUCGUCCGCGAUGGCGAGGAGAAGCGCGUCGUCUACGCGACCGCAUCACGCAACAACAUCACAAUCCGUAGUGGCCUCACAGGCCUUCUGGUCCUCAAAUCCACCGGCUCCCAAUUCCACUCCUUCCACCGCGACGAAUUUACCCGCCUAGCCGAAACCAGAGACCGUAUCCUCUCCACUUCCGUCGACGCUCACUGGACGUGGAAGUCAUAUGCCUCACUCGACGAUGUCCAGCGCGCCGCAUCAGCCAAGACAUUCGACGCAGCUUUCGACUCUGCCAAAACGAUUACGCUUGAAACGUUCGCCACAGAGAAUUCACCAUCAGUACAGAACACCAUGUAUCUCAUGAGCCAGAGGAUACUGGACGCGGCCAAGGACGUGGAGAAGGUGGAAUACAGUUUACCCAACAAGCACUACUUUGAGAUCGAUUUGAGUUGGUACAAGGGAUUGAAAAAUACGGGCAAGGAUGCGGAGGUCUACGCGCCGCAGAGUGAUCCGAAUGGAUUGAUUGAGAGCGUGGUGACGAGAGAUGCGAAGGCGAAACUUUGAGCGAUGAGCAAUGAGCAAUGCAUGAGCCCACGUAUUGGCGUCUGAGCUAUUAUUGGGAAGCGGGCACAGGGUUUGGGAGUUUGGGCAAAGGGAAUCUCCUGGAUAUAAUGAUAGAUACACAGCUUCUUCGCAUCUUGGAAUGGGUACCCUUAUUCGGACAUCGAUACCCUGGUGUGCUUGCUCGUCUCCCAUUUUCUCUCGUGCUGCCAUUGUCGUCUGCGCGUUGAACCCUUCACAGUGCGUGAUAUAUACAGCAAACCGACUUCUGCGCUUCGCAAGCUGGCCAUGCCACACCUGACGCGUGAAGCCUGUCCUCUUGACCGCUGCGAAUGUCUCUUCGAUGGGAAGAGUAUCUCGCCAUGAGGUCCUCCAUAUGGAGAAGAGCGUCCGCUGCCUUAGAC